GCUGCUCUCCUCCGCUGAGCCGAGGGACACGGGACUAAAGUUCAACAUUUAACCGAGAAAACACGGAGAGUCGACUACUCAGCAAUGAAAUGUAUGUCUCUCAGUGUGCAGUGCACUUUCAACUAAACUCUGGCUGCGAGCAUCCCACGUUGAACACGGUGGAUCUGCUGACACUGGACUCCUUGCUCACUCCUGACAUCCAGUGUCAGCAGCCGGUGCUUUGAAGAUGAUCAACCCUCAGAUAUACCUCCACUACAACUACACAGGAAAGCUGGACCACCGGCCCAGCGUUGGCGCAAGCCCUGGCACCGUGGACACCAAGACCAUCGUGUUCCUCAUCAUAUGCAGCUUCAUUGUCCUGGAGAACCUCACCGUGCUGGUGGCCAUAUGGAGAAACCACAGGUUCCACAACCGCAUGUACUUCUUCAUCGGCAACCUGGCUCUGUGCGACAUGCUGGCUGGAGUGGCCUACCUGGUCAACCUGCUCCUGUCAGGAGAGAAGACCCUGCAGCUCUCGACUGCUCUCUGGUUUGUCAGAGAGGGAAGCAUGUUUGUAGCGCUUGGUGCGUCCAUUUUCAGUCUCCUGGCUAUUGCUAUAGAGCGACACCUGACUAUGAUCAAAAUGAGGCCUUAUGAUGCCAACAAGAACUACAGAGUGUUUCUGCUCAUAGGGACCUGCUGGCUGAUCGCCAUAUGUCUUGGAGCUUUGCCUAUUCUGGGCUGGAACUGCCUGGACAACCUCCCUGAUUGCUCCACAGUCCUCUCUCUCUAUUCCAAGAAGUAUGUAGCUUUCUGUAUCACAGUUUUCAUGGUUUUGCUCUUAGCCAUGUCAGUCCUUUAUGCCCGUAUCUACAUCCUGGUGAAGUCCAGCAGCCGAAAGGUGAGCAAGCACAGAAACUCAGAGCACGCAAUGUCCCUUCUGCGCACUGUCAUCAUUGUAGUCGGGGUCUUCAUCGCGUGCUGGACACCCAUCUUCGUCCUGCUCCUGGUGGAUGUGGCAUGUCAGCAGCGUUGUCCCAUCCUUUACAAGGCUGACUGGUUCAUUGGACUGGCUGUGCUCAACUCAGCCAUGAACCCAAUCAUUUACACCCUGGCCAGCCGCGAGAUGAGACGGGCCUUCCUGGGUCUGGUGUGUGCUGUUUGCUACAAGGGGAAGGCCUCUGUGACCGGCAGCGCUAACAGGCAGUCUCUGGAGCCCAGCCGCAGCAGGAGCAAGUCGUGGAGCAGCCAGAACAACCCCAACCAGAACCAUCAGAGCUCCAGGCAGACGGAGCUGGAGAAGGGGCAGGGGACCGGCACGGGCCAUGGCGAGGUCUCAGUGGUGGCAGGAGGGGCUGCUCAGGCCGUCAUUGAGAGUGACAGGAAAGACUAAAUGAUU